AUGGCCCUUCAAUCCCACAAGGACAAUUAUAAUACGAACGGUCUCACUAUCUCUUCUCUAGUUGCACUAUGUAGUGAUUGCUCAAAGCUUUGUUUAGAAAGAACGGAGAGAGUUAUUGAAAAUAAAAGUCGAGCGCCAAGAGGAUGGGAAAAAGAAUAUAUGACAGUGGCACAAGAACGUCGAAAAGAAGACUAUAACUUGUGUGAAGUUCAUUGUCAGCGUGUGGCCUCUGUUUGUCCUAUUUCAUCAGAUAUAGAUCGUUUUUAUGCGUUGGGGUAUAAAAAAGUUGCACAACUUAACGAUUUAAAUGGAUUGCCUUCCAUUCAACAAAUGUCAAGAUGUGAACGGGCAGCUUUUGACUUUUCAAAUGUUCUCUUCUCGCUCGCACACAAACCGAGUAAAGUAGUCUUUGAAACGGUUGAUCCCAAAACCGGGGUGAAAACUGAAGAUAGAGAAGAUGGAGAGCCUAGUGAAGUACAUAAAAAGGUUCUUGCAGGAGGAUCUGUGAAAGAUGAGAUUCUUCGUCGAUGGAGUACGGCGAGAAGGGGACGAGAAGAUAUGGAAGAGCUUGGUGUGCUUCGUUCUAUAAAAGAUUCAUCAAUAUUUAAGGAGGAACUGGAACGGCAGAAGGAAGAGGAAGCAAUUAAAUCAAGAGGUACCACCCCGAAGUGGUGA